AUGGCACCCGUCGCAGCCUCCCCCACCACCUUCAAGUCCUUUGUUACCUCUCCACAACCUAAUACUCUCCACGACGUCAUCACUCAAGCUGUUGACCGUUAUCCGUCUCACGAGCUUGGUUUCAUAACUUCCUCAGCACAUGACUCCUCCAUUCAGACGAAGACCUUCAGAGUGUUCAACCAUUAUGUUCGCAAUCUUGCACGUGCCAUGCUAGAGUGGGGCAAACCCACACGUUCAGUCGUCGUCGUGUACCUGACGGAGCACGAAGACAAUAUGGCAGUUGUAUGGGCGUGUUUGUUGGCCGGCUAUGUGCCCUUCUUCCAGCCUGCACUUAGCGCGCACCAGGCCCACAAGGAGGGCCAUGUCGCCCACAUCAAGAAUUUGUUUGGGUCUGCUAUUUGGUUGACCGACGAGCUUGGGGCCGAGCAUAUCAGCACGAUUUCUAGUCUGGAGGUCCACCUACUCUCCGAAUUAAAGGCGUCGGCGGAGACAUUCAACGUCUCAGCUGACUGGGUUGCAUAUGACGCUAAGGCAGACGACGAGGCGAUCCUGUUCUUGACCUCAGGGUCGACUGGAUUCUCGAAGGCGGUCGUGCACACGCACCGCACAAUUAUUGCUGCAUGCCGUGCGAAGGGCCGAAGCCUCGGCCUGACAUCCAAAUCUCGAUAUUUGAACUGGGUCGGAUUUGAUCACGUCGGAGGAACAUUGGAAAUGCACAUCACGCCUCUACUACAUGGCGCCUCGCAACUCCAUUCAAUCGAAAUCACUUUUGCCCCGAAUUUCCUGCUCUCCAAGCUCACUCGUGAUCUGGAAAAGCGCACCGAGCUCUUCGGAUGCUUCGACUUAUCCUCCAUCAAGCGGGUCAUCAGUGGAGGUGAAGCUGUUGUUCUAAAGACCGCACAAGCGUUUGUUGCUACCAUGAAGCAGCUUAGCAAGAACCCCUCCACUGUAUCGUUCAUGCUCUCUCCUGGGUUUGGAAUGACAGAAACAUGUGCCGGAUGCAUUUACCAUCUCACGGAUGUGCUCGCAACCGAGACUGCUCGUGAGUUCCUUGAUCUCGGGAGACCCAUCGAUGGUUGCGAGAUGCGCAUCGUUGACCCCGCAGAUGGCUCGACCCUGCGCCCUGACGGAAAGAGCGGCGAGCUCCAGGUUCGCGGACCGAUGGUAUUUGUACGCUACUACAACAACGCAGAGGCUACGUCCUCCAGCUUCGUCGAUGGGGGCUGGUACCGCACCGGCGACGUCGGCAUCAUCGAGAAUGGGAUCAUGCGCCUCAGCGGUCGUAUCAAGGACACCGUCAUCGUCCAUGGUGUCUCGCACGGCAUCCCUGAGCUCGAGACCCACCUCCAGACCGUAGAAGGAGUGACUCACUCGUUCCUAAGUGUAGCUCCGUACCGUGCUCCUAGUCAGGAGACUGAAGGGUUCAUCAUUUUCUACUCGCCAACCUUUGAUCUCGAUGGAGCAGACGCUUCCGCAAAGCUUUGUGCUACUCACCGGGCCCUUCGGGAUAUCUGCGUGAAAAUGAUUACGCUGCCGCCUCAGUUCGUCGUUCCCAUCCCUGUGAACCAAAUGGAGAAGACCACUCUCGGUAAACUGUCUCGUGCGUACUUGAUCAGUCUGUUCAAGCAAGGCCAGCUCGCGAAGCACAUCUCUCGCUCGGAGGAGCUUCUGAGCGAGGCACGUGGCGCUACGUUCGUCGUGCCGUCCACGGAGACGGAGAAGGCGCUUGCCAAGAUAUACGCUGGCAUAUUUAACCUGGCAGUUGACGAAGUGUCAGCGAGCGACAACUUCUUCGAGAUCGGUGGUACUUCCAUUGAUACUAUCCGGCUCAAGCGCGAAGGAGAGGAAUAUUUCAACCUGCCUGAGAUCUCUGCCAUCAAAAUCCUCAAGCACCCUGUUCUCUCGAGCCUGGCGAACUACAUCGAUUCCUUACUUUCCAAGGGCACCCAGACUGAGGAGUACGAUCCCAUCGUUCCCCUCCAACUCAGUGGAAGCAAGACGCCCAUUUUCUUCGUUCACCCCGGUAUCGGCGAGGUGCUUAUUUACGUCAAUCUCGCCAAAUACUUCCUUAAUGAGCGUCCCUUCUAUGCUUUCCGUGCUCGUGGCUUCGAUCCCGGCCACCCUUACUGGACCUCCAUGAAUGAGAUGGUUUCCUGUUAUACCACAGCAAUCAAGAAGACUCAGGUGACGGGGCCAUAUGCCAUCGCAGGCUACAGUUACGGCGGCGUUGUUGCAUUUGAAGUUGCAAAGCGUCUUGAGGCAAUGGGUGAUGAAGUCAAGUUCGUGGGUCUCGUCAACAUCCCCCCUCAUAUCGAUUAUCGCAUGAGAGAGAUUGAUUGGACCUUAGGCAUGCUUCACUUGUCGUCCUUCCUUGGUCUCGUGUCGAAACAUGAUGCUGAAAAUUUGGCUCCUCCACUGAGACCGCUCACGAGGCAGGAGCAGCUCCAGUCUGUGUUGAAUAUGUCACCUCCUGAACGAAUUGUCAAGCUCCAGCUGACGCUCGAGAAGCUGCAUAAAUGGGCGGACCUCUCCGGGUCUAUCAUUGAUUGCGGAGUAGAUUACAGCCCAUCAGGCUCAGUCUCUGCACUCGAAGUUUUCUAUGCCAUUCCCUUUUCCGGAACCAAGAUUGACUGGCUUAACAACCAGCUCAAGCCAUGGUCCGGCUUUAGCCGUGGCGAGGCAUCAUAUACUGAUGUGCCUGGGGAACAUCACACGCUGAUGGACUUGGAGCAUGUCCCACAGUUCCAGAAGAUUUUCCGGAGUCGUCUCGAGGCUUGUGGGCUGUAG